AAGUAUUAGAUGAAGACGAAGAGUUAGUACAAGUAAAAUCUCUAGCCGUCACCACUGAUCUGGUUAGACGUAUUAAAAAAAUAAUAUAUGAAUUAUUUGCAAAGUAUUAUAAGUUUUUUGAUGACAAAAUAUUAUUUAUGGCAACAGCAAUUGAUCCAAGAUGCAAAAACCUUGAGUUUGAGGGCGCUAUAUUAAAAUUUCAAGAUUGUCUUAGAUCAGAAUAUAAUCAAAUUACAAGUAAUGAGGAUUUUGAAUCAUUGUCAAGAGAAAAUGUGGUUGAUCAAUAUCUUAUGAUAGAAUCAAUUGGACCUUUAGACAAUCCUCUUCAGUGA